AUGUCAAGUAACAUGAAGGAGAGUGAUCCAAACAUUGUGGAUGAUAAUGCAGUAGCAGAUUCUGAAUCUGUCGUCGAAGAAGAAAAUAUACUAUCUCAUACCGAAGAUGAGGGAGAUGAAGACGAAGAGAAUGACAAGAACGAGCCUUUGCCUGUGGAAUACCCUGGUACUGUAUUACCAGAUGAUCAUCCGCAACACAUUGAUGCGGAUGCAGACUUGACCAAAGGUUAUGAUUCAGAUACUGAUUAUUUGGAUUUAAUUCAUAUGAAAAUUGGGUCGAUGGAGGACCUAAAUUUGUCGAGAUUCAAUAAGUUAGAGUCUUUAUGCUUGAGACAAAACUUAAUUACUUCAAUGGUCGAAGUGAAAGUCUUACCGGGGGAAACAUUGCAAGAAUUGGAUUUUUAUGACAAUAGAAUCAAUCACAUAUCAAGUCAAAUUAGCAAGCUUACAAACUUGACUAAUCUUGAUCUUUCAUUCAACAAAAUUAAGAACAUUAAGAAUUUAGAAUCAUUGACAAAACUUGAGCAUUUGUAUUUUGUACAGAAUAAGAUCAAAGAUAUCAAGAAUUUGGAAACUCUUCAAAAUUUGAAGAAUUUGGAAUUGGGUGGAAAUAAAAUCGAAGUAAUAAGUGAAACCCUUGAUAAACUAGUUAAUCUACAACAAUUAUGGCUUGGUAAAAAUAAGAUCGAAAAAUUAGAAAACAUGAGCAAUUUGACAAAUUUAAGAGUUCUUUCAAUACAGUCCAAUAGAAUUACUAAAAUCGAAGGUCUAGAGAACUUGGUUAAUUUGGAAGAACUAUACUUGUCUCACAAUGGGAUCACGAAAAUUGAAAAUUUGGAUAAAAAUGCCAACUUGCAAGUAUUGGAUGUAACCUCCAACAGACUUACGACUCUUGAUAACUUAAAUCAUUUAACCAAGUUGACUGAUUUUUGGUGUUCGUAUAACAAAAUAUCAAGCUUUGAAGAGAUUGGUAAAGAAUUAGGCAAGUUACCGGAAUUGGAUACUGUUUAUUUCGAAGGUAAUCUAGUUCAAACCCAAAACCCCACGGCUUAUAGAAGAAAAAUAAAGUUAUAUUUGGGCCCUAGCUUAGCUAAAAUCGAUGCAACCUAUAUCCGUGGUUAG